AUGAACAGCUUCCUCACCCGGACACCCAGGCCUAAUGGCUCCACCACAGUGGGCGAUGCUUGGACCGACGCGGAACAGCAGCUCCUCAAACUGGGCGAGGGACAGACGGUGGUACCGCUGUCCCUCAUCCAGACGCAGCUCCUGGAGCAGGUGCUGAAACUCACCAAACUGCUCACGCUUCUGGAGGACCUGAUGGACCCAGUUUGGAUAAUGGAGAGCUGCAAUCAGCGGGUGUUCACACUGCUGCUCCUGCUGCGCUGCUUCAUGAGUCUCUCCACCUCGUCCAUCGACACCAUGAAUGUGGUAGAUUUCUGUGGCCAGACAAUCCAAGGUGACGGUAUGAUCAUCAACUCACACCAGGAAUCCAAGAAGUACUACUUUGUGAUCAUGGGGACUGAUUGCCACCUGACAAUGCAGGCCAGCUCUCCCAAAGACAAGGUCCAGUUCCAUUUCCGCUUCUUCCUGGUUUACAGCUUGCUUAGAGUGGCCCCCCUGAGUCCUGCGCCUGUCUUGCCAGAGUCUCUGUCCCCCCACGGUUCUGCCCCUCUCAGCCCCAGAUCGCAGUCUACCUCUGGUGAAAACUCAGAAGAUCCGUGUCAUGCCGGCUCUUACGUUCAGUUCUAUGAUGGUCGGGACACAACCUCGCCUCUCUUGGGGCCUCCUCUUUGUGGGAAGAGCCCACCCCGACCAGUGCUGUCCACAGGAAACUACCUGACCCUGAGGCUGGUGACCAGGGGGACUCAGCCUCGAGUUGACUUUGUGGGGGACUUCACCUCCUUCAGACUGGACUCCCCUGCCUCUUUGUCCCUGUUGGUUCUCUACAUCAUCAUGGGCAUGGUGACAGGUGGCAUAGUGCUCUGCUGGUGCUUCUGGUCACCUGGCUGCUUCAUGUGGCGAGUUAGCGCCUGUCGCUUCUUACCCUGCUGCAACUCAGCCUGUGCCUCAUGCCAGUUGUGCACUCACAGCUGUAUCCGCAAUAAGGAGCACCGACCGGGAAAAGUCACUCCACACACACAUGCCAGUGGCACACCGAUGGGGACCGCGGUGGUUACUACAGCAGGUGUGUAA